CUUCUCCCAAAACCUUCUCUAAAAAUUAAUCUCUAAAUCUAUUAGAGUUUGUGGAAUCAUCAUGAAGUCUAGUACUUUGUUAAUGGUCUUUUUUGUUCUCAUGUUUUGUGUUCUCAAUCACGUGAAAGAGGUGAGAUCUCUGGAGAAUAAGGUGUGCAUAAAGUCACAAGUAUUCGAACAAAAUUGUGGGUGGGACGGGAACAAGGUGUGCAUCAAAGGCUUUAAUAAAAUCAAAGAGUACCCUUUUUCUUGCGAGUGUAGCAUUUAUGAUGUAGCUAAUAGCAGACGUUUGUGCAAAUGUAAAUUUUCUUGCUAAGAGUUUUAAUCCCAUAUUAUAUCAAUGUAAAAGUCAAUAAAGUUAUAAACUAGUCCGGUUAUGUCGAUAAAAA